AUGCCAGAAUCUUUGCCUUCAACGACUCCGUCAGCUGCAUUGCCGCUCCCUGAAGUCAAAGUAUUGAAUGCAGGAACAACGACAACUGAUGAGGUUGUUGAAGCAUUACGAGAUGCGGGUGGCUGCAUAGUCAGAGGUUUAAUUGGGACUGCACAUGUGGAUCAAAUCGAGAAAGACUUGCGCCCGUACCUGAAUGCUGAUAAAUCUUGGGAUGGGAAAUUUUAUCCUCCUGAAACGCGUCGUUGCUGUGGAUUGUUGGGCAAGAGUCGUACUUUCGCGCUGCAAGUUAUUGGGAAUCGGCUGUGGAAUGAUGUUUGCGACGCCUUACUCACGAGCACACUCUCAACCAAUUGGGUUGGAAAUGACAUUGAAGAAAGCAUCUCUCACCCACAAUUGAGCAAUACGAUAUGCUUUAGUAUCGGGCCCGGUGCAGCCGAUCAACCUCUCCACCGCGACGACGAUGUGCACCAUCACCAUUUAAAAGCUGUUGGUAAACACGAAAUUGGCCGCGAUGUAGGAGUUGGGCUGUUUGUGGCUGGCAAGAAGGCCACCAAAGCGAACGGAGCGACGAGGUUCAUCCCUGGCUCCCACUUGUGGGAUUAUUCUCAAGGCCCUCCCCGCGAGGAGCAGACUUUUUAUGCGGAGAUGCAACCAGGGGAUGCUUUCUUCAUGCUGAGUGGCUGUUUCCAUGGGGGUUCUGCGAAUCGAACAGAGAAUGAAGAGCGGCUGAUGUAUUCCUGCUUUUUUACUAGAGGUUGGUUACGACAAGAGGAAAAUCAAAUUCUUGCGAACCCCAUUGAGGCAAUUCGUGUCCUUCCCGAAUGGCUUCAAGAACGGGUUGGUUUCGGCCUUAGCCGACCUUUCUUGGGCUGGGUGGAUUUGGCAAAUCCAAUGCAUAUCCUACACCCAGAAAAAAUCAAGCAAAGGGAUUUAUGGUAG